AUGUUAUUUGUUUCUCCAGUUGCUAUAGUAAUGGCAAUUGUUGCUAUCGCGCUGCAGCGUUUUCUUCAGCCAGAAUCUCCGCCUCAGACGAAUGAUGUACGGCACAUAGACGUCUUCCUCAGGCAGCUGGAAAAAGUAAAGACUCGGUUUCCUAACCAGCGUGCUGAGCUCUGGAAUAGGGGCAGGAUCCACCUUAAGAGACACCUUCAGACCGCACAGCCCACGGAGCCCGUGAGUCUGAUUCUCACUGCAGGCCUCAGAGCUGAGAAGACGCUGAACUGCCUAGCUCGGGACCUGGCCUCCGCCUACUCUUCCGCCCUGAACGCCUCCGUCCUCCACAUAGAUGGAGCCAGCAAAGCCAGCCAGGACAGUGACCACGUCAAACUGGACAUUGACAGGAAGUUGCAGGGAGCGUUUGAAGGAGACAAACCUGUAGCCGUCAUUCAUCGCUUCGAAGAGCUACCUCCGGGCUCCACGCUAAUUUUUUAUCGUUAUUGCGAUCACGAGAAUGCCGCAUACAAGAACACUUUUCUGAUCUUCACUGUGCUGCUGGGGGAAGAAGACGAGAUUCCUGCUAAGAUUAACUUGUGUGCUGUUGAGGAGAUGGUGGAUGACCACCUUCAGAAAAAAUUCCUCACUCAUGGCCACCCAGUGUCCUUUGACAUGAUGGACCUGGACAAAUAUGGAGGACUGUGGAGUCGUAUUUCUCACCUUAUCCUCCCCGUGGCAGCAGAGCAGAGGAUAGAGCUUGAAGGGUGCUAGAGAGCAGAAGCAUUCAUUCUAGUCUGAACUUUUAAUCUGGGAACUAAGCUGGGUAAUUGAUCAUUUGGGAGGUAGUAGACCUCAAGGAUAUUGAAUAUACAGAUGUGGACUUCCAGAAUGAAUGAGAAUCAUUAUGGUGUGGGAUUUAAAGGAAUUUCUCUGAUCAGAUGUAACUAUGAACAGAUAAUUGUAAGUUUAUUUGGUCUCUGCAUUAUAUUUAACAUUUUGAAGGUAAUUUCUGCGUUUUAAUAAAUACUUGGAGUCACAAGAUAGAAGGAAGAACAAUUCUUUUGGUAUCACGGCAAUGGGGUUUUUAAUUGUUAUUGCAAAUGUCUUCUGUGAUUUGGAAACUUGCAUGGCGCCGACAUGCCUUAACUGAACUUACAAAGUCCUUUUUGUCUAUAUGUACAUGUAUGCUUACACUACGGGAUAAAGAAUGAAGAUAAGUACAUAAAUUAUAUGUGCCUUAAAGUAAAAAAUAAACGCUGAAGAAUUUUAAA